AUGGGAACUGCGCCUAUGUUUUCCUCAUGCUCUGGUCACGUCCGUAACAACCUGAUGAUGCAGGCAAGGAACAUUGAGUACGACGUCAUUGGGGCUGACCGAGACGAGAAGGCGUUACUCGUGCACGCUGUAUUUGGAAUUGGAGAAGAACUGUUCCUUGGAACAUGCGAGAACAGAGGCGUCGGCGGCAUAGGUGUGCUUGUCAAUACGCACUCUGCCAUGAACAUCGAUUCUUACGAAAGCUUGACAGCUCGAAUCGGUCGUUUGCAAUUGAGAAGAUUUGGCAGCUCUAACCAUCUUCGUUGCCUACGCACCAACAUCAAGUUACGAAUAAGAGGGGUUGGAAGCGUUCUACAUGGAUCUGGAGUGGCUCUACAGAGAAGACCAUACUUUCUUUAG